AUGGAAGCCCAGCGAAUCGCGACACAGCAACCAGACACGAGUACCGAGUACUCCGUCAAGAUCACCAUGCGAGAUCGCUUCUCCUCUGAAGCUCGCGUCCACAAGCCAUCUGCGGAAGGGAAACAUCCGCUUCUAGUACUGCUGUUUGGCGGCGGCUUCAUGUUCGGUGACUGCGACCAGUUGAGCCCGUAUGCCCGGCUCGCCACGAAGCUUUUGGGUGUUACUGUAAUCAACUUGUCUUACCGCCGGGCCCCGGAACACAAGUUUCCCACUGCACCAAACGACAUUUGGGAUGGGAUUCAGUGGAUCACGAAGAACGCGGAGACGCUCCAGGUUGACCUGGCGGCAGGAUUUGUGAUAGGAGGCGUCUCGGCGGGAGGAAACUUGGCCGCGGUCACGACGCAGAAGGCACUCGACGAGGGACUGAGUCCUCCCGUCACCGGGCUCUGGCUUGGCGUUCCAUGGACUCUCGAACCCGAGGUGGUCCCCGAAAAGUACAAAGACGUCUUCUUCUCCAGAGAACAAUGCGCCGGGGCUCCUGGACUGAACCAGCAGGCUAUGGACAUGUUCAACGUCGCCUAUGAGCCUGGUCUCAAGUCCCGAGACUUUUCUCCGUUCAACGCCCAAAAUCCGCAUCAUGGAAUGCCGCCAACAUACAUACAGGUCAGCGGUGCAGAUCCCCUCAGAGAUGAUGGCCUCAUCUAUGAGAGGGCGUUGAGGGAGGCGGGGGUGGAAACCAAGUUGAUGGUAUACCCAAACAUUCCUCAUUUGUUUCCCGACUUCUUCCAGCUCAAGGCAUUCCAAGACUUUCAUUUCGACAUCUUGAGUAGCUGGGCCAGUCUAUUUAAGAAGAGCGUUGCAGCAGAGGAGAUCAGGCACGCGCUGGCCAACAGCCCGUUUGCUUCCAUUAGUUAG